CUGAAGACUCGGCGCAUGUUCUUGCGGCGCACCGAGUGCGAGGACUGCUCGCUGAGCGACCUGUACGCGGGCAACGUGGUGGCCGUGCUCUCGCGACACCUGCGCAUCCUGGGAUACGCCGACGCUCAGACAGCCGCGUUCCUGGCACCCAAGCACGAACGUGCCGUGCUCGUGCUGAGACCGGCUGGUGUGAAGAGGCUGGGCGACGUCUGGGCAGCCGUCGAGGCAGUGGGAGCCACAGUCUGCAAGGCGCUCAUGCUCCGUCUCACGCCCCAAGACGUCAAGCUGCUGAGCGCAAACCCGCAGGAAGUAUUCGACGAGGGUCUCUUAAGCGAUCCAGUUGUCUGCAUACAGGUUCUGGGAGAAAGGGUUCUCGCGAGGCUUAGGAACCAACCGGUGAAGACGGAAGGCGGAGAUUCGGACCAACAAGCAGCCACAUUGCAGAGUCUUUGCUGGAUCUCGAAGGACAAGCCGUCAGCCGAAAAGGAAUCCGUGGUGCUCUUUGGAAACCAGUUCGAGCGUCGGUGUAACACAGCGGUUUUCGAGAACACCACCUGCUGUGUCGUCAAGCCACACGUGUUCAAAGACGGGAAUGUCAGCAGUGUGCUGCGGAAAAUACUAACUUCGGGUUUCGAGCUUACAGCGCUCCAGAUGUUCCAUCUCGAUUGCGCCAAGGCAGAGGAGUUCCUCUUGGUGUACAAGGGUGUUGCUCCAAAUUACACCACCAUGGUGCAACAGCUGUGCAGUGGCCCGUGUCUCGCCAUGGAAAUCAGAAGCUCAUCGAAUUCCCAGAACUCGGCUCUGCACUUCAAGGAGAUCGUCGGCCCGGCAGAUCCUGUUCUCGCGAGGAGGUUAUACCCGAAUUCCCUGCGAGCCGACGUGGGAAGAGACCUGCACAAGAAUGGCGUGCAUUGUACCGACGUGCCCGAGGAUUCAAGGAUCGAGGUGGAGUUCUUCUUCCAUGCUGGAAAAUCCUGAAGCUCCGUGAGAAAGAAUAAAAUGUCCACGGUGCUCUUCGAAGCCAUGCCUCCCAAGAAA